UUCCCCCCAGUGACUCUAGAAGGUGUUCAUUUUAUUUGUCAGUCUGUCAUACAAGCUCUUCAAACAAAGCCUCUGAUCAUUAAAUUUGAAUCUAAAAACCUAAAUCCCCAACAUGUACUAUGUUUGCCACUAUUAAUGUGAAGGGUGCCUGUUGUUAGGAAGGUUCAUGCUCACCAAAUGCUAAUGGCAUCAAUGUUUAAAAUCUUUAUUUUCAUUUACAAUAUUUUUUUCUAAGUUUGCAUGUGCCCUGCAUUCUUGUAUUAAAUAUGCCAAACCACUGUGGCAAAUUUUUGACCAUUGGAUAUUGCUUUAUAUAAAUCAAGGCUUUUUUAUGAAGAAUGUGUUUAGCUGUUAUUUAUAUUUAGGGCCAGUUUUUUACUAGAAAAUCUUGCAAUAAUGCUGCUAAUUUUCUUGUAAGUGGGAUUAAUCUGCGGAAACAGGAAAUUUCUGACUAGGGAUAGUUACUUGUAUAGGUACAUAUAUCUAUCAAAUUUUUCAGAUUAAAUCAGUUUUCAUGUGAGUUUCUACUUGAGUUUUUUCAUUUUUAUGGCUUGACUUAUUGAUAUUUCAGGUUGUAGGGUAUAAGUACUUCCUCUUCACACAGACAAGAAUAGGACAUAUAUCUUCAUUGUUAUUAUCCCACUAUGAGGUUUUCAAGAUUUGUUGCUUUUGGAAAGAAUUUCUGUUGUCUGAGUGCAGCUGUGACUGUAUCCAAAUUUGACAGGCUCUAUGCAUUCCGGUUGCUGCAUCAGAACUGCAGGCUAUGGCGCGCUGUAGUGAGCAGCACUUCCCUGCCAGUGCUGCUGGCUGCUGCUCUUCCUCUCAAGUUCAUGGCUCCGCCCAUCACAGAUGCUGAGCAGCUACUUGACAAUCCUGAUAUGAAGGCAAAAAUGGAGCUUCUCAUUUUGAGGAUUCAAAAAGAAUUUUGCGAGUCACUUGAGGCUGAAGAGACAAGUGGUAAAAAAUUUUCCAUUGACAGAUGGAGAAGACAAAAUGAAGAGGAGGGUGGGGGCAUCACUUGUGUGCUGGAGGGAGGCGAGGUACUGGAGCGCGCAGGCGUCAACAUCACCGUUAUGCGCGCCCCGCUGUCGCCCAAACUGCAGGAGAGCAUGCGCGCUCGCGGCAAGACGCUGCCUGCAGAUAAGAACUUUGAAUUCUUCGCGGCUGGCGUGAGCUCCGUGAUCCACCCCCGCAACCCCCACGUGCCGACCAUGCACUUCAACUUCAGGUACUUCGAGGUCCAGGACCAGCACGGCCAGAAUAAACACAGUUGGUUCGGUGGGGGUGCGGACCUGACGCCGUAUUACCUGAACACGCAGGACGUCGUCCAAUUCCAUGCUGCCCUCAAGUCAGCCUGCGAUAAGCACGGCCCAGACAAAUACCCGCUCUUCAAACGCUCCUGCGAUGAGUACUUCCUCAACGCUGCUCGGGGAGAACGCAGGGGCGUUGGUGGGAUUUUCUUUGAUGAUAUGGAGUCGCCAAACCCCGACAGCGAUUUCAACUUUGUUCGGGACUGCGCGGACGCCAUCAUCCCUUCUUAUCUUCCUAUUGUUCGGCGUCGAAAGCACGAGGCGUUCACCGCAGAGCAGCGAGAGUGGCAGCUGCUGCGCCGAGGUCGCUACGUUGAGUUUAACUUAGUGUACGACCGCGGCACCAAGUUCGGCUUCGCUACGCCCGGCGCCCGCAUCGAGAGCGUCCUCGUCAGCCUACCACUCACUGCGAAAUGGCUGUACAAGCACGACCCGCAGCCCGGCUCGCCAGAGUACACGCUCACCGACGUGCUCAAGAACCCUCGGGAUUGGGUUUAGUUACCUGCUUUUAUUCCUUCAAAACUGGGAGUUUUGGUCGAAUUUUGUUUUUUUACUACGCAGCUUCAGUAUUAUUGUAACACUUGCUGUUUUGUUGGCGCUCCUAUAAUUUGAUAUUUUCAAUUGACAUUUAUUGAACUUCUAUAUCAAUGAGUUGUUCCUAUUCAGUUGUGCUGUGAACGUUGGGAUGAUGUCUGGGUAUCUUGUCUGCUUUAUUAGUUUAGGAAAAAGAUAGAUUCGCUCUAGGAUGUCUUCCGUCGAUGUUGCUGAGAAUUUGACGUCAGGUUGCGUUCAUUUUGGGGCUUUGAGAGCAGCUUGUCGCCAUCUAGUAGCAUGGCCUGAAGCAAUGUAUUUUUUAUUUUCAUUUUACUCAUCUGUGGACUCUUUUUUUCAUGUCAGUGUGUGGUACCGCUAAAAGGAAACGCACUCUUUUUCAUUAUUGAUUUUCUCUUUAUUAGAGGGAUUUUGUGGAUACUGGAUCCUGACAUUUUCUUAACUGAAUUGACUGUGAUACACACGAACUUAGUAGUUUAUCCUAGUGGGCUUAUAGUCAAUAAUCUUCUAUGUGGACAUUGAAUUAAUUUCUGUCUCAAAUUACAAUACCAGGCCAAGUUGUAUUGAGAAUUGAACCGAUAAUUCAACGGCUAAGAGUUUUUUUUUGUCACAGGAAUAUCUAUCCAUCAACAGUGAAGUAAAAAUUGGUACUCAGAUGAAAUAUUAAACGUUAAGGUUUAUCUACGUUAUUGAUGUGUCAAGUGUCUACGUUACAUUGUGUCAUGGUGCUCGCUGCGUGGCAGACCUUUCUCUCGCAUUAGCAUGCAGCUCAGCACAGCUAAUGCGAUGCCAGAUGAACGGUGCAGAACGUUUUCUCCUCUGCCCAGUAGCUUUGUUCAUUCCUAAUUAACUAUAUCGCUGAGACAUUCUCGAGACACGGUAAUAAGUUUCUUGUAACGUUGAACUCUAUUAGUUUUUGUUCGUAGGCAUUUGAUACCUUUAUAGACUUAUUUAACUAAUUCAAUGAAUUUAUUAUCGCUGUUAAUUGACGAAUAAAGUGAGAUUGUUUCAUGUUUGGGUGGUGCGAUUUUUCAGAUCAUAUUUUUCUUUUCUUAUGCUGUAUAACUGCAUUUAUCAUGUUCGGGGAUGUAAACUAAGUAUGAGUAAACUUGUUUUCAACACUU